AUGUCUAAUAAAAAUAAAAUAAUUCUUCAAUAUCCCACUAAAGGGCAAUACAACACAUUUGAUAAUAUACCUGGAUCAAAAUCUCGGGAUUCGCGAAGGCUUAAACUUAAAAUGAAAAUAGAAGCACACCAGCAUAGGUUUAAAGCUAAUGGAAAAAUAUUGAAUAAAAAAACAUCAAGGGUUAAGAGAAAACAUCGAAGUGAAACAAGCUCUAAUCUUAAACAAGAAGAUUCAUCCUCUCAACCCUUGAAUACAAAGGCAACUACCUCGUCUAAUUUUUUGGCGAACACAAAAAAAACAAAAUCACCAUUUGCAGAAGAUUCUCAAGAAUUUGAAACCGCAGACUCAAAUUCCGAAAUAUAUUAUAGCAACGAAUUUGUUCCAUUUCAAAAUAAUUAUUUGGAGUUGCUACUGCCACAAA